UCUGAUGAAACUCUCAACCUCGUGUCUUCUUGAUUAUGUGUUUUUUUUUAAUGUUUUUGUCCCCAAGUGGAGGAGAUGAAAGCCAAGUAGCACUGGCUAUUGUUUUGGCAACCAGCCAAGACUGUGGAGUUUAUGGCUGUACGAUCAAAAAUGAAUAUGGGACGGACACUACUGACUUCCUGCUCAGCGUAGACAUUCUGUCUGAAAUACUACUUAAAGAUGAUUUGGAAGUUGGAGAGGAGAUAGAGAUGACCCCACUGCUGUUCACCAGAGGCCUGGCCGACUGCGGCACCUGGGGUGACAAGUAUUUUGGCCGCAUCAUGACUGAGAUGGUGCACAUGGGAGAGGGCCACGCUCACAAAGCCAGCAGGGUGAAGGUCAUUUACGGCCUCGAUCCUGUCUUUGAAUCGGGAAGCACUUGCAUCAUCAAAGUUCAAAACCCCAUCGCCUAUGGGACCAAAAAGGAGAGCAACCUUGCAGAGAGAAAUCUAGAAAUUACUAAGCAAGAAUGCAAAGUCCAAAACAUGAUUCGAGAAUACUGUAAAAUCUUUGCGGCUGAGGCGCGAGUUAUCGAGAACUUUGGCUCUGCACUGGAAGUGAUUCCUCGAUAUCUGAUGUACCGGCCGGCAAACUCUGUUCCAUAUGCCACAGUGGAAGCUGAUCUUACAGGUGUCUUCCUUAAGUAUUCUGUGAUGGAUCCUAAAGGCAAGUUGAUUUCACAAAACAUUUCUGAGCUAGAGCAGAAGUGCAGUGCCUUCCAACACUGGAUCCAUCAGUGGACACAUGGGAAUCUGCUGGUCACUCAGCUGGAGGGUGUGGAAUCAAAGAUUACAAAUGUUCAAGUUGUGACCAAGUCAAAAGGGAGCAAGGAAAGCAGUUGA